GAGUCAAGGUUACUCCAUUUCUAUUUUAUUCUCGCUUUUACCUUUGUAAUGUUACAAUUAUAGUAUAAUUUUGCUUAAUGGUUUUAAAUUUUUUUCAUCAUCUGUUCUUUUUUUAGGCGAUGCUCGCAUGUUUGAUUUUUUUUUCUAAUCUUAUCUUACAUUUUAUGAUAAGGCUUAUCUACCGAACGAUAAGCAAUAAAGGUUGCAAAUUUCAAGUUGAGUCACAAUUACUCCAUUUCUAUUUUAUCCUCGCUUUUACCUUUUUAAUGUCACCAUUAUUGUAUUAAUAAUUAUUAAUUAAUAUUUUGCUUAAUGGUUUUAAAUUUAUUUCAUCAUCUUUUAUUUUUUUAGGCGAUGCUCGCAUGUUUGAUUUCUUUUUUCUAAUCUUAUUUAACAAUUUGUUUCAUGACUAUCUUUACGAUUACAGAUUUGAGCUGUCAAUAUCUUUGUAGAAUGUUUUUUGUUUAAUUUCGUAGGCCAACUGUUCGAUAUUCUAUCCUAACUAAACCCUCCCAAUAGUUAGUGUUGUAUCCUAAACUUCGAACUAAUCUCAACACUAUCAAAAUCCAAAAUGGUCAACAAGGACGAAGGUUUCGAGGAUCAAGUUAAGUGCGAUGUGGCUAUUGUUGGUGGUGGGGUAUCCGGGCUAUACUGUGCGAUGAACCUGAUGACUGAUCCCCGCACAGUCGACCGUGGUAUCAAGAAUAUCGUCCUUCUGGAAGGUUCCGACAGAUUUGGUGGACGAUUCGACCUUGACUCGGUGAACGAUGCUUCCGGCAUCUUCCGCUUUGCUUACAAGGACCCGAAAAGUGAUGAGAUCUCGCACAUGCCCCUCAUGUCGCAACUAGUUACAGAUUUGGGAAUGCAGGAUGACGUCGUCAAGGAGACGGUUAGCACAGAAGAUACUUCCGUGGGUUAUUUUGGAGGGUGUCAUGUGACCAAUCUUGAUGUAAAGCUUAACCCGACCAUUUGGAAGGACCUGUUUCACUUGAAAGACGGCGAGGAGAUCCGCUCAGUUGACGACGCUGACAUCGUCAUCUACAAGAGGCUUCUGGAGCACAACAAAGAGAAGCUGAAAGAUAAGUAUCCUAACCGUGCAGCUAUUAUCCUAGCUCAGAAAGACCAGAAAAGUCUUCAGGAUCCUGACUUCUGGACCUUCUUUAAAAACGAGCUAACGUGGCCCAUUGGCUCACAAGAGGUUGCUCUUAGAGAUCUCCCUAUGUCUACAUUGGUCUCAGUUAUGAAGUUUUCUCCGAGUUUCUCUUGCUUGAUGGACACCAAAUCCUCUUCCAGAGAUGCCGGAACGUACUUACAAAAUCAAAUGAGCAUGAAGAUGCUUACCACAGAAUUUUACCACCUUAACAGCGGAUGGACUUCAAUGAUCAACAAAAUAGAGAAACAACUCUUAGACCUUGACGGUACAAACGGUAUUAACAUCAAACUUCGUCGUAACUGCUGCGCUAACAAGCUGAUGGUCAUGAAAGACGAAGCAGAGCCAAUCUAUCUGGGGUUUGAGGAGGGCUCCAAAACUGCAGUCAUGGCAGCUGACAAGGUCAUCAUGGCUGUACCCCCGCCAGCUGUUGAAAAGAUCAGCCUCCGUUUGGGUGACACCGAAACUUACAAGGCGGGAUGUGAUGCCAUCAAGAAGAUGUGCAGCAAGGUGUCCGGAGAAGACAUGACUUUCAUCAACCUCUUCUUUAAAUCUGACUGGUGGAACAAGGAAGGAGACCCAAAGAUGACAGGUCCGAGUUGUUCAGAUCUUCCUUGCUCCAUAAUCUACCCAUUCUACAGUUCCUGCGCAAAGAAAAGCUGUUCAGGCUGCAAAACCUGUUCAAAUGAUCCUUCUCCAGUUGGACUUACCAUCCUCAGUAGAAGGAAGAACGCCGAGUUCUGGGCUUCUCUUCAAAGAAUUGGCAACCCCUACAAUCUAUGUACAAUAAAGAACCCGGAACUCACACCGACCUCCGAAGCUGUUGUAGAUGUGGCGAUGGACCAGCUAAAGGAGAUUUUCAGACGAGGCGUGCCUCCACAACCGGUAAUGGCAACGUACAGACGUCUUGACAAGGAUAGCAAGUACGGUUAUCCCUCGUACUGCUGGAAAGUGGGAGUGGUCGGGAGCGAGCUAGAGGGCCCCAAACCCAUACCGGACAGGAACUUGUACUUCUGUCAUGACGCUUGGAGCGAUUAUCAGGGCUGGGUCGAGGGGUCACUCAGGUCUACUAAGAAGGUUGUAGAGAGAGUCCUGGAGAAAAGUGAUUGAUUCGAAUUCAAAGUUUUCACGUGGAUUGUAUUGUUUGAAAUUCCAUAUUUUUGCAAAAUGAGCCAUUAAGUUGUGAAUAUUUAUUUAUUUUAAUUAAUGUUUUGAAUAUUUUAUAAUUCUUUAAAUCAUUUGCACCAAUAUUUUCUUUACUGUGUCUUCCGAAGAGUGAAUAAUC